UCAACUUCAUUUGUACUCGCUUCGUUUACGUCGUGUUAUUGAAAAUUUCAGAAAUGUUAUUAGAUUGGACGGAUCGUCGAUUUUUACAAAAAAGACCUUGUGUUAUAUAAAGUGAAGUGAAUCAAUGUGUUUUGUUAGGUUUUGUAAAUAGUUUUGUUAUUAAUGUUAUGUGAUUGAUAUAACGAAUCGGUGGUUCGCAAGAUGGACGAAAUGUCUAAGGGCAUGUCACAAGCAGGAAGCAUCUCUUCAACUGACAAAAAUCAGGAGAAUGAUGAUGGCGUAAAGCGUGGUUUGCGGCACGCAUGCCAACCAUGCUAGCGUUGGUAGAGCAACUGCGGUCAUAUCUCGGUGGAGGCUGCUCGACGACACCGUGUGUAUACGUGAGCGAAUCGUGCAUCGAGUGCGAACGAGUACGCGCAGCGUGCGAGAGACUGGGUGCGCUGGCUACGGUGCGAGGGCCCGAAUCCCUGCCUCCACCGCAGCAGCAGCCGGCGCCUCCCUCCUAUCUAGUGACCGCACCAUUUGAGGGAGAACUCUUCGAUGCAGCACAUAAAGCUAAAUAUAGGGUGCUGGGGCCCACAGCAGUGCUGCAGCUGGCGGAGCGCGAGGAGCCGCCGCCAGCGAACGCACGACCUCUGUACUCGCUGGCGAUGCGCGGCGCAGUCAUAUGCUUCUCAGGAUUCCGAAAAAAGGAUGAGCUCACGUACCUGAUAACACUGAUCCACUAUAUGGGUGGGUCGAUCCGUAAAGACAUGUCGAGUAAAGUGACGCAUCUGAUCGCGGCGGCGGCCACGGGUGACAAGUACCGAUACGCAUCGGGCUUCGGCCUGCCGGUGCUGGCGCGCUCCUGGGUCGACGCCUGCUGGGAGCGUCGGGACGACCCCGCGUGCCUUGCGACUGACGAUGCUAUGAUUAAGGAGCACAAGCUGAAGGUGUUCGCGGGGGCGCGCGUGUGCUUCGUCGGGUUCCCGGAGGACGAGACGCAGCACAUGGCGGAGGUGCUCGCCAGCAACGGCGGCGCCACCUGCGCGCUGGACGACGCCGACUGCACGCACGUCGUAAUGGCCAAUGGGGAGACUUUCGGUCGUUCGCUUAUCCUAUCACCCCAUCUCAACACUCCCAAUACUUCAACCAAACCCCUCCGAUCUACACCGAAUCGAUCCCAAACCACUCCCAAGAGCUCUCUCUACCGUAGGCUAUCGGCUCGCCUUUCGGGCCGUCGCGCUAGUCCAAACAAACAAACCAACCAAACAAACGAUGAAACACUACAAGAUGACAGAGAAGAAUGCUUGAAAUUAGCAAGGGACAGUAUUAGAAAUAGAUUAAGCAAUGAUAAAGAAAAGUCUCAGUCUGAAGAUAUCAGUAUUAUUAAUAUAGGCAAAUCAUUUAUAGACGAUAUGUGUUCCGAUGUUUAUGACACAAGUAACUCAUCUAAUGCUGAAACGCGGAAAUAUAAAGGUAGCAAUAAAGAAAACAAAUAUCUGUCGCAAAUUAUUCACGGUGGAGGCAGAAAUAAUAGUAAAGAAAAGCGAGAAGUUUUUAGAAAUAAGUCUUUGAAUGUAUUUAAUAUAGUCGAUUGUUUGGCGGAGGCGGGAUCUCUGCAUUCUUCUCUAACGAAGAGCUUAUGUGAAUUAGACCCAAAAGAUGAUCCUGGUUUUCUGUUGCCCGUUUCAGCGGUAAACAAAGAUUUACAACAUUCUAAUACUACAAUAUCUUCUGGUAAAAAAAGAAGUCGUAAUUCUACGGAAUCUAAUUUCCAAAUCAGUACAAUAGAUAGCAAUAACUUAUCUCCUGAUAAAUCAGAAGAUGUUAAUUGGAAGUCUAUUAAAAGACUUAAAAUUAAAGACUCGUUUAAAUUUAAAAACAAACCUACUAUUUUUAAAAGAACCAAAAAAGAAUCCGUUUCUAAAACUUCGGGUGAUAUCACUGUUGAAGCCUUAACUCCAGAGAAUGUAAAGCCUACGGACCCAGCGGGAGAAUUUGUAGCUUCGACUUCCUCGCCGAUUAGAGAAUACGACAACACAUCUAUUUCGUCCAUGAAUAUCAGUAAGCAAUCCGGAUUCUUCGAUAUAUCUUUUGCAUCUAUUCGAAGUUCGAAAACUGUAAAAUCAGCAUCGAAAUUAAGAAGAAGUGUUAAAUCAUUUACUGCUUCAUUUAGAAGCGAACGAAAAAAGAAAUAUGAAAAGAGAGCUGAACGCAAUACAGUCCAGGUAGACGCCAAUCAUCUACCUUCAGAAUUGAAAAAUAUGUCAACGCCAAAGAGAGACCUCGAUGAUAUGAAUUUCGAUAUAUCCCCGGUCCAAGUGGACACUGUGGACAGCACCGACAUGAGGACACCGGUCAGAGAAGAUGGAGAUGUUGACGAGUUGGACGAUUCGGUAAUAUUUAAGACACCUCAAAGCGUUUGGCUCCGCGCCCACCGGCACUCUAUCUGCGGUGGGGCGGAGCGCGGCGGCCCCGCCCCCCGUCCCGCCCCCGUCCCCUCGCCGCGCCGCGCCGAGCUGCGCGCCUCGCCGCCUCCCACCCGCGACGCCCGUGCCUUGUCGCAAUGCCAUGGACUAUCGCUACCGGUGGUAGACGAGCACAAUACAGUGGUGGCACCGGAGUGCUCGCUGCGAGUCCACGUCGUCAAGGCGGAAUGGUUUUGGGCUUCGGUCCAAAAUGAGGAAGCGCAGGAUGAAAGAGAGUACCUUUUUAAAGACGUAUGUAAAAAUGGAGUGAGCCGAAUGCCAAAUCCGCCACAGUAUUUGGAGGAGGUGUCGAGGCGGUCGUCGGUGGGCGGUGCGUGCGGCGCGGGCGCGGAGGAGGGCGCGGGCGCGGCGGGCGGCACGCCGGCGGCGCUGCAGCGGCUCCGCAAGCGCAAGCUGCGGGGCGGCGACUCGACGCUAUACAAACGCCGCUCGUCGGUGGGCGACGCCGUGCUGCUCAGCCUGUCCGGAAAUUUGCUCGACUGCACUCCCUCGCCGGACGGCAAGCAGCUCCUAGAAGAGUCCGAAGUACCUGAUAAUGUGGUGCGAAAAUUAAUGUCACCGCGACAGCAAGUUUUCAUGGAACUACUUCAGACAGAAUCGAAUUAUGUUGGAAUAUUACACACCAUUGUAAAUAUGUUUAAACAACCGCUGGAAGAAAUGGCCGAAGAGGACACUAGUAAUGGCAAAAAUCAGGCUUUGCUCAAUAACACAGAACUCAAAAUUAUUUUUGGCAAUUUACCGCCUAUUUAUGAAUUACACCAACGGAUGCUGGAAGAGCUUCACUACGCACAGGCGCAUUGGAGCGAGGAGGUGAGCAUCGGGCGGCUCGUGCUCAAGUACACGCCCGACAUGGUGAAGGCCUACCCGCCCUUCGUUAACUUCUUCGAGAACACCAAGGAGAUGCUGCAACAAUGCGACCGUGAGAACCCAAGAUUUCAUGCAUUCCUGAAAAUUUGUCAAACGAAACCCGAAUGUGGGCGACAAAGCUUGCAGGAAUUGUUAAUAAGACCAGUGCAGCGAUUACCCAGUAUAAGUCUGUUAUUGGAUGAUAUUCUGAAGCACACGCACAAGAGCAACCCCGACCACGCGGCGCUGGUGUCGGCGCUGGCCGGCCUGCGCGAGGUCAUGUCGCACAUCAACGAGGACAAGCGCAAGACCGAGGGGCAGCUGCAGAUGUUCGACAUUUACAACGACAUCGACCAGUGUCCGGCCCAUCUCGUCUCAUCGCAUAGAUCGUUCGUAUCCCGCUGUGAAGUGGUCGAGUUGUCGAAGGAACUCUCUGGGCGAGGAGACCAUCUUGUUUUGUUUCUUUUCACGGAUACGAUGGAAGUAUGCAAGAAAAGAUCCAAGGCUUUCAAUAGUAAAAGUCCUACAAAUGGCACGGGCACGAUGCGCAUCGGCUCCAGCAAGCCGUACCGACACAUCUCCCUCAUGCCGCUCAGCACCGUCAAACGCGUCGUCGAUAUACGGGAAGCGGAAGAUUGUCACAACGUGUUCGCGCUCAUGUGUCGGAGUAACCAGGAGCUGAAGGAGAAAUUAUACUCGUUCAUGAUAACUGAUGAAACCGUCGACAAAUCACAUUUCCUACGACAGCUGUGCAGGCAGAUGGCCAAUACUGUCUGUAAAGCUGAUGCCGACAAAUUUCUGGCAUGCCUCGAGUCGCAUCAGCUCGAUAUCGACACCAGCGAUCUUGCACUGAGUACUCUCUCUAAAGUGUCUAAGUUCGCCGCUCGCACCAGAAUUAAGCUGGAGGCGCUGGCGGGGCUGGGCGGCUGGCUGCGCGCCGACCCGGGCGCCGUCCUGCUAGACACAUGGGUAUUGCGCGCUCACUUACUCGCACAGGUCGGGCGCGCGCUCUCCUUCAAUAAGACGCCCUCGAAGCUGAAGCGGGCGAUGUCAUCCAUGAUCUCACCGUUCGGGUCCACCUCCAACCUGACGCCCGCCUCGCAGCUCGCGCAGAUGAGACUCGCCAGUUGUAAUAAUAUAAACGAGAUGGGCGCGAGUGGCGGCGGCGAGGGCGGCUCGGUGCUGGUGGCGCCGCUGUCGGUGCAGCCCACGCGCAAGGCGGGCGCGGGCGCCGCGGCCGCGCUGCGCCGCUUCUGACGCCGCUCGCAGCGCUCCGUGUGACGCGAGCCGCGGCCCGGCGGCUGUCCUCCUGCGUCGUCGAGACGCUCGUGAUUUGACUUUCGAGUUCGACGACCGGCGUCGUCGUCGUCGUCGCUCCGCCGUCGAUUCUUAAUAAUUCUAGUGACCCAGUGCCGAGGACGAUCGGACGUAGGGAAGUGGCAAGUGAAUGUAAUUUAUUUGUUGCGAGUACUUUUCGGGCUCGGCCCGUCGAGUGAAGCCGUUGGAAUCGGAAGUGCCUUGUAGUAUUGAAAGGAUCGAAACGAUCCGUGUGGGGUCGGAAGUCGACCGAUAGUAUUAUUUCGAAUUGGAAAGUGAGAACGAAGGAGCUUCGACUGUUGAAGGCGGAUUGUAAAUUAGAUUUAUACUAAUCGAUGUGACGGAAAUUGCGUGAUCGUCGAUCGCGUGAUUUGUGGAAUCGAGUUGCGCAACUAUAAACCAAAUGAAAGUCGAAUAAAAUUAAGUCAAUAAGUUUCAUAUUUUUUUAUAGUUGGGUCCUAUCUCCACUAUUGGCAGUUAAAUCGUGUAGCUAGUUUUGGGAUCUGUGUAAUAUCUUGAAUUAUUUAAAUCGGAUAUUUAAAAUCUUGUGUCACAUAGUAAUAUUGAUAUUAUUGAAUAGUCUUGAGUAAUAUGUACAUAUUGUGAUAUUUUAAUUUAAUCGUGAAAUAGACAGUCGUAGGCUAGAGUAGUGUUGUACUGGUAACCUACCAUUUCCGUCUGCUAAAUAUUUUAAACGUUCCUAAUAUUUGCCUUGUCGCUUGUGGACGUUUAAUCCAUCAAACAUUCAUUCAUCCACGAACAUCGGCGACCGACGGUCGCUUGUGUUCUCGCGUGCGUGUUUUCUGCUUUUUAUUUUCAUUAAUUUUUCACGAAAAAGCUCAAAAGCUUAUGACACGCACCGACUUUCAUAUCAUGUGUACGCAUGUUAAUGCAUUGUACAAAGUUCUAUAUUUAUAAAUAUUUUAAAUGAUUGAAAGAAUAAAGGUUUAUUUUCAAU